AUGUCUGCCCCGCUUACGCUGACUACCAUCAACGGCACGCCUGGCGCCUCCAAGGCUAUUGGCCCGUAUUCCCAGGCUGUUGUCACCUCAAACGGCCUCAUUUACUCUAGCGUCUCGAUCCCGUUGGACCCGAGCACGAUGAAAGUCAUCCAUCCAACCAAUUUUGAGCUCCAGACCGUCAGUGUCCAUCCCGCUCCCCCUCCCCUCUAA